AUGAACACCACCUUCCCGAUGAAGGCCCACAAGAUGGUGGGAUCAGGGCUGGCCACGGUAGGCAACCAAAGUCAUGGGAAACUCAACAGUGUAGAGGAGAUCUUGGCUGGUGGUGCAACCAACGAUAGUUUGCCAGCAGAGGAGGUCUUCCAGUUGCCCACUUUCUCCACCGCUGCCAAAGUCCGAGUGGCUAUAACCAUAGCCCUCUUCCUUUCCUCUGCCUUCUUCAACAUUGUUGUGCUCUGGACCAUCACCAAGAAAUACCAAAAGAGACCCCAUCUUCGAAUUCUCCUCAUGAACCUGGCAGCUGCAGACCUACUAGUAACCUUUGUUGUAAUGCCUUUGGAUGUGGUGUGGAACAUCACCGUGCAGUGGUAUGCCGGUGACGUAGCCUGUCGGGUUCUCAUGUUCCUGAAGCUGGUGGCUAUGUAUGCCUCAGCUUUUGUCACUGUGGUGAUCAGCCUAGACCGCCGGGCAGCCAUUUUGAAUCCCCUAAGUGUUGGUGAGGCCAAGAGGAAGAACAAAGUCAUGUUGUGCGUGGCCUGGUCUUUGAGCUUGCUUCUGGCCUUACCUCAGAUGUUCGUCUUCCACACCGUCAGCCGCUCCCAGCCCAUCGACUUCAUCCAGUGUGCAACCAUGGGAAGUUUUCGUGCUCACUGGGAAGAAGUUCUCUACAACAUGUUCACCUUCUGUUUCCUCUUCCUGCUGCCCCUGCUGAUCAUGGUUGUCUGCUACUCCCGCAUCUUCAUCGAGAUAUCGAAAAAGAUGAAGAAAGCUUGUGCCACACCCAAGACCAGAGAGUUCCACCUUCGCCGCUCCUACAACAACAUUCCCCGGGCGCGCAUGCGCUCCCUGAAGAUGUCCGUCGUCAUUGUCUUGACUUUCGUCGUCUGUUGGACACCCUACUACAUGCUCGGCCUCUGGUACUGGUUCUCCCCGGAGAUGCUGACCAGAGAGCAGGUGCCCCCUUCCCUCAGCCACAUCCUCUUCCUCUUCGGCCUCUUCAACGCGUGCCUUGACCCCCUUAUCUACGGCCUCUUUGCCAUGCACUUCCAGGUAGAGAGCCGGAGGAGCUGCUGCUGCAGCCGGAGGAAAAAGGAGGUCGCCCCCGUGUUGACCGGCUCUUUCCGCGCUUCCCCUGUGAUGCCAGUGAGGCGGCCGGAGGAGAUCCGGGGAAAGUGCAAAGCAGAAUUUACCGUGACGGAAGGUCCGCCCGGGGCAAAGCUGUCGCUGUACAGGAGGAAGAUGGCAGAGAGCUUCAUCUGA